AUGGCUGCCGGUGGAGAGGAUCUAUGGCGCGAGUGCGCGACUUGGCUCACUCGAUGUGGCUUGUUACGGCCUGAUCAUAAAGCGAAUUGGGAGACGAGUACUAUCCACGAUCUUGCUUAUACUUUACGAGAUGGUGUGCUGCUUUGUAAUUUAUUAAACACGCUGUACCCGGGAUGUAUCGACAUGAAAGAUGUUAAUCAACGACCCCAGAUGGCACAGUUCUUAUGUAUGAGAAACAUUAAAGUCUUCCUGAGGACCUGCCACGAAGUGUUUGAGCUACGAGAGACUGAUCUCUUUGAUCCAUCGAUGUUAUUCGACCUGUCUGACUUUCACAGGGUGUUGUGUACUUUGGCAAAGCUCAGUCAAUGUCCUAAAGCUUUGGCUAGAAAUGUUCAACCCUUCUCAGCGAGACGGACCCAGUCGGAGGAGGACAUCUACAAGGACCUCCAGUCGGUCGCGAACAUGCCGUGCGAGUCGCCCUCGUACGAGGUGGUGGAGGAGGAAACCAGGGAGGUACCGUGGAUACAGUUCACUAUACCGAGCGUGGCCUGCGAGGACCGCGUCGAGGAGAUAUACGAAGACCUCUGCUAUGUCAAAUUCGCCUCGGACACGCCAGAGCUAGCGACGUCGUCGCACAGCUUAGAGAAGAGAGAUUACGUUAUACGGGAGCUGGUCGACACUGAGUGUAACUAUGUGGAUGUUCUCAGUAAGAUUAUCAAAUACUUCUUGAGGCCGCUGACGCCGUAUCUCAAGCCCCAGGAUAUGCAGGUCAUAUUUUUCGGUGUCAAGGAGUUGCACGAAAUACACAAUGGUCUACUCCGCCAGCUAAGGCUCGCAACAGACAAUUGUGUGCCCGGCAGCGGAGCGCCGCGACUGGCGGACGUGUUCCUGGCGUGGCGGGAGAGACUCUUACUGUACGGAGACUAUUGCUCAAAUCUCACAAACGCUCAGGACACAUUGAAAGCGCUCGAUGCGAGAGAUUCUACGUUCAGUAAGCAGCUACUGAAAUGUCAAAAAGAGCACAGUGACGGUCGCAUCCAACUGCGCGACAUCCUGUCAGUUCCCAUGCAGCGGGUCCUCAAGUAUCACCUGCUACUGGAUAAACUGGUGCAUGAGACACAGCCGAACCACGAGGAGUUCCGAGGCUUGGAGCGCGCUAAGGAAGCUAUGGUGGAUGUGGCGCAGUACAUUAACGAAGUCAAGAGGGACAGCGAGGUGCUCGUGUUGCUGGCUAAGCUGCAGGAGAGUAUCGUGGACUGGGACCGUUCGGGCGCGGAAGGCGGCUCUCUGGCAGCGUACGGCCGCCUGCUGCUGGACGGAGAGUUGAAGGUGAAGGCGCACGAGGACCAGAAGAUGAGGAUGAGAUACGUGUUCGUGUUCGACAAGUACAUGCUGCUGUGCAAGCCCGUCAAGGUGAUCUACACCACAGAGAACCAGUAUUCGUACCGUAAGGGCAUCAAGUUGGCGGAGUACCGCGUGGAGGAGGGCGGGCCGCGUCGCUCGUUGAGGGCGGACGCUCGGUGGACCGCGCACUUCUUCCUCGUGAGGAGGACCAAGGACGCCACCUACACGCUGUACGCCAAGACAGAGGACUGCCGGCGGAAAUGGCUCAAGGCCAUCAACGACGCCAUAGAGAACCUGGAGCCGGCCGGGUGUCGCCGCACCAACCACAAGUUCGUGCUACACACCUUCGAGAAGCCCGCCACGUGUCAUCACUGCUCAAAGUUCCUCAAGGGCAGGAUAUUUCAGGGCUACUUGUGUUCCGUGUGUGGAGCGUGCGCCCACAAGGAGUGCAUCGCUCUAUCGGGCCGCUGCGGGGGAGGGAGCGCCCCUGCGCCGCCCCUCCCGCCGCACGCGCUACAACCGGACACCGCGCUACACUACUACAUGUGGUACGUGGGUGAGAUGAGUCGCGAGACGGCCACGGCCCGCCUGGAGCGUCGUGUGGACGGAACCUUCCUGCUGCGGGUGAGGCCGCGCGCCGCCCUACACGACACACAGUACGCGCUGUCACUCAAGACCGACAACACAGUGAAGCACAUGCGUGUGUGCCUGAAGCCCAUCGACUCGGUGCCUCACUACUACCUGUCGGAGUCCAGGUUCUUCAGGAGCGUUGUGGAGCUCAUAUCAUACUACGAGAAGACCAGCUUGUCUGAGAACUUUGUUGGAUUAAACUCCAACUUGCGAUGGCCCUUCCGCCGCGUGGUAGCGACCGUGAUCCACGACUUCCGUCCGCUAGAGGCGUCCCAGUUGGCGCUCCGCCCCGGGGCGAAGGUGUUGGUGCUCAGCAAAGAAGGGGACGGCCGGGGCUGGUGGAAAGGUCGCACGCUCGAUAAGGGUGACCACCGCUCGGGCUACUUCCCCAAGGAGUGCGUGCGCGAGGAGCCCGAGUGUAUCGGAGCGUUGGACUGA